AGGGACUUUAUGCUUGCCGUAGAUAUUGGCAAUACAUACAUACUUCUUUACGUCGGGUUGGCAUUGACGUCUUUCUUUUCACCGAAUUUUCCUUGCAGCAAGCAUGGGCAAACCCCGCGGUUUGAGGACGGCAAGAAAACAUGUGAACCAUCGUCGUGAACAACGAUGGGCGGAUAAAGAUUACAAGAAAGCACAUUUAGGAACGCGUUGGAAGGCAAAUCCAUUUGGAGGUGCAUCUCACGCUAAAGGCAUUGUGCUUGAAAAAGUGGGCGUAGAAGCCAAACAGCCGAACUCAGCUAUCCGCAAAUGUGUAAGAGUUCAGUUAAUAAAGAAUGGAAAAAAAAUCACAGCAUUUGUACCGAGAGAUGGUUGUUUAAAUCAUAUUGAAGAAAAUGACGAAGUUUUAGUGGCAGGCUUUGGUCGGAAAGGUCAUGCUGUAGGUGAUAUCCCUGGAGUUAGAUUCAAAGUUGUGAAAGUUGCUAAUGUAUCCCUAUUAGCUUUGUAUAAAGAAAAGAAAGAACGACCCAGGUCAUAAUUCAUUUUUUGUAAACUUUUUUUUACAUCUUAAAAUAGAUGUUUAAUUAGAUAAA